AAGACAAACCAGUCAACCAAAACAAGAAAAAACCCUUUCUACAAAGCACAAAAAUAAUUAAACACAAAAACCCCAAACAAGAGAUUAGAUCGAUCUCUCCGACCACCACCGACUCUUAUUCUCCGCCGCCGAUGGAGUUUUCCCCUUUAAAUCGUCUACCUCAAGAUACCCUUCACCAGAUCUUCUCCCAUUUAACCCUCCGUGAAAUCAUCGUCUCCAAAUGCGUCUGCAAAUGUCUCAACUCCACUCUCUCUUCUCCGGCGUUCCUCCACCUCAUCUCCACUCUCCAACCUCCCCUCUCCCUCCUCGCCCUCCGCCCUUCCCACCGUAGCCACGGCCACAGUCAUAAUAAUCAAUCUCCUCAUUGUGCACUCCAUGUAUUCGACACAGUGCUUAACUACUGGUUUCGGUUCCCACUUUCUUUCCUUCCCUUUAGAUCUCAUUACCCCAUCACUUCCUCUCACGGCCUCCUCUAUCUCUGGGCUGAGGGCCCCACUACUGCGGGACCCAUACCCGCAAUUUCACCUCCUCCUCCUCCUCCCAGUAACAAUAGCAAAACCCUAAUCGUUUGUAACCCUUUAACACGUCAAUUCAAGCUGCUUCCUCAAUUGGGUUCAGCUUGGUGUAAACACGGGUCGGUUCUUGUCGGGUCACCGAAUCAAGUUCUGGUUUUGACUGAGUUAGCUGCUAUUUACUUCUCUGGCUCAACAACUUCCAAUAAUUGGCUCAAGUUUUCAUCGAAUUUACCGUCAAAACCUAGGAGUCCAAUCUUGAUUUCUGAUACCAUUUUAGCCCUUUGUGAUGUUGGUUCCCCAUGGCGGUCCCAAUGGAAGCUGUUUAGGUCAACAGUUAAAGAUUUGCAAUAUAGUCAACAAUGGACUAGGUUAGAAAAGCAUGAGUGGGGUGAUAUUUUUGACAUAUUGAAACGCCCCAGAUUGCUUGCUGGUAGAAAUGAUAAGGUGUUGAUGAUUGGCGGUCUAAAAUCGUCCUAUUCAUUGCACAGCACAUGCUCGACCAUUUUGAUACUUAGAUUGGAUUUGGACUCUUUAGAAUGGGAAGAAGCUGGGCGAAUGCCGCCUGAGAUGUUUAGGUAUUUUCAAGAUUCGAGUAAGUUCAAGGUGUUUGGUGGAGGGAGUAAAGUUUGUUUUUCGGGCAAGAGGGUGGGAAGAUUGGCGCUUUGGGAGGAAAAUGAGUGCGGGAAAGGGGAAUGGCGGUGGAUAAGUGGCGUUCCGGGGAAUAGUGAUGGACUUUAUCGGGGAUUCGUCUUUGAGGCUCAGUUGAAUGCAGUGCCUUAAAGGUGGAUUUAGAGGAGGAAGACCAUUAGCUUCAAUGGAUGGAGGCAGUGGUCUCCUAGAACACUUGGUCCGUCAGAAAGAUAAUGUUAUUGUACUUGUUUUUUGAGGUAAAUCUGAAUAGCAAUUGGAUAUUCAGACGAAGUGGUUGGCUUGUUUGUUAUAUGAUAUCUGACUAUUCGUGUAUGCAAGGAUUCCCCUUUCAUGUAUUCGGAAUGUAUUUGUCUUUACAGAGCUUUGGCGUUUCAUAUGAUGCAUAAACAGUCCUUUGUUUCA